CUGAGGUCAAAUUCCAUAUAUAAGGUUCACCUUCUGGAGCAGACCUCACUUGUGCUCUGUGCCUUGAACUGAGAAGAUCUAACUUUUUCGACUCGACCUUUCCCUACUUUAUCUGGAAGAAAACCCCCAAAAUGUUGCGUGCACAGAAAGACCAGGUCAGAUUCACUCUGCCUGUCCUGUCUACCAACACAAACUUGGUGUGCAGCAGACCUCAGCUACAGAUGAACAGAUUCCUGAAGCUUGACGAGGAAAUCGUCUGCAACCUGAGUGAAGAUAUUUCACGGAUCCCCUCUGCUACUCGUAGCACAAUGAGGCAUCUCACCACUCGGCAUGGAGAGAUCAGCCAGUGGCAGGCACAGAUGUCUCAGAGCAUUGGACAAGUGGACCGAGAAAUCAGUGCCAUGGAGCAGAUGAAAGACACAGCUGAGGCCCGUCUCCAGGAGAAGCAGCUGUACUGUCAGCUCAUGAGCGACUGUGUGUCGGUCAGUAACAGUUUGAGCUCAGCAGUCUUGAGAAAUGACUGCGUCUUCACUCAGCUGAAGACAGAGGAGCGCUUGACCAAUGAGAUCAGGGAAAUGCUCCAGAAGCAGAUCUGCAUCCUGCUCAACAAACUCAGCUCUCUGAAGGAGAUCCGCGCUCAGCUUCUGGCAGAUUUCCAGGACAAGGGUGAAGCCAUCAAGCUCACCACCAAAUGUAUCACCCGUGACUUCAACGGCACAAAGUCCCGGUUCCCUGCCGACCAAUACAAGCCCAACCAUGUGAGCUAUGACAAGUGGCUGUCCCGCUGCAAGGACCUCAAGCUGACAGCUGAAAACCUGAUUAAGGACUCCUCUCUCUUUAGGGGAGACCUGCGCUUUACCCUGGCCAGUCAAAAAAAUGCCUAUGAGAGCCAGUGCCGCAAAACACGCGAUGCCUUGAGGAAGAAGAUCAAUGAGCUGAACCGAAUCCAGGAUACACUGAUCUGGGAGAGGCAGCAGAUAAAGGAUGAGAUUUCUGAUUUGAACACGGACAUUAAUAAAGCUCAGGGCCAGAUGAGGAACUGUGAUUCCAAGCUGAAUCAGGUCACCCAUCGGCUGAACCUCCUCAACCAGAGACCCGGACAUGAACUCUGCCUGGACCACCCCUACUUCAGUCUCUCAUUGGAGAAACAUGACCUGGCAAAGAUUGCAACCGGACUUCCCUCAGUACUCCAGCGCUCUCAGCAGGACCUGGAGGUUGCACACAGGCGUCUGAUGAUCCUUGAAAACAAACUGUCCAAAAAUGCUCAAGCCCUUGACGUGGAGCAGAGAUGUCAGACUCUGCACCAGAGUUUCCUGCCAGCGCUCAACACCACUGUGAUCCUCGCCAACAAGCCGAGGUUCUGCACGUCCAUGGCCCGCCCCAGCGCUCUCUCCUACUUCCAGUAGAGACUACCCCUGUGGUCUUUUUCAUGUGGUGUUGCAAAAUGUAAAUAAAAAAACCCAAAGCAUCA